CGAGUGACAUCACCGGACGAGGGAAGGGGCUUCGCCUAGCUCCGUUCCCAACUCCAGUUACAAAAACACACAAGAACUUAACUGUCAAAGGACCGCAGCGAACUGCAGGUCUACAGCCCUCGGAUGACCUGGCCACGCUAGGGACCACCGCGUUUAUUUUCACCCGGCGAUGCUUUGGGAUAUCCAGCGGUUUAGCGCGUGCCUCUCAUAACCAAGUCACAGUCCUUAAAUCAAUGACUCGUUGAAAGCGGGGUGCAUGUUAUUCGGCGGAAUCCAUUUCCUUAAUGCGCGAGAGCAGAACCUCGAUGGCAUGAUGCUCCCGAGUCCGCUCACUUCAACGCCGUUCUCAGUAAAGGAUAUUCUGAAACUGGAGCAGCUGGAGCAACAGCAUCAAAGGCAGCGAUCUCAACACCAGAACCAGUCUCGACAUCUGGAACCGCAGCAGAUCCAGCAGCAUUUGGUACACCCAGACUCGACUCAACAGUCUCAACCCUUCCAGACGCCCCCGUCCUGUAUGCUGGCUGCAGCUGUCGAAAGCCCUCCUUUCUCGGACGGGGAGGACAACAUGGCCUACCUGAGUUCUCUGGCGGUCCGGGACGGGCACGGAGAGGCCAGUCUGUCCCCGGAGAUGUACGUCCAUCCCGGACUGGGCCACCUGAACGACCCAAAGUUAGAGGUCGACUUGGACAAUCCGGAAACGAAGAGCUGUGCCGUGGUGUCCAAAUCGCUGGAGGGAGAAGACAGCGGGCUGGUAGACUCGGAUCGGCCAGCGAAACAGAGAACCAGAAGGAAACCGCGGGUCCUCUUCUCCCAAGCACAGGUUUUCGAGCUGGAGCGGCGUUUCAAACAGCAGCGGUACCUGUCCGCUCCGGAACGUGAACACCUGGCGAGCACCCUCAAACUCACCUCCACCCAGGUCAAGAUCUGGUUCCAGAACCGACGGUACAAGUGCAAGAGGCAGCGACAGGACAAAUCGCUGGAGCUAGCGGGGCACCACCACCCUCCCCCGCCAAGACGAGUGGCGGUGCCUGUCCUGGUACGGGAUGGGAAGCCAUGUCUAGGCGGAACUCAAAAUUACAACGCACCGUACGGAUCAAACCCAUAUAGUUAUAACGGAUAUCCCUCAGCCUACACGUACAACAACCCGUCAUACAACAGCAACUACAGCUGUACUUACCCCAGCAUCCCUACACUCCCCCCAACUACUACGGCUAACGCCUUCAUGAACAUGAACUUGGGGAACAUCGGGGGACUUGGUGGCUCUCCCCAGGCCCAAACGCACCAAGGGGCCGCGGUCACAACGUGCCAGGGGUCACUGCAAGGGAUUCGGGCCUGGUAGCCCCACUAGAACCGUUACUACCGGGAUCUAACCGGAGCCUCUUUUUCUACCCACACUAGUGACGUUCAUCGAAUCCUGUCAAGACAUUUAAUGGUUUUUCUUCGUUUUUUUAUUUUUAAGAAAGAGUGUGUAAUUUCCCAGCAGUGUCUUGCAAACAGUGUUAUUUUAAGGUAGUUAUAGGACGUUUUUGUCUGUCUGGUGGGAUUUCUGUCGCUGGUCUGAGAAUCAAAAGGUGCAAAUGAUUACUACACUCCCAGUAUACCUGACAUCAGAAAGACACUGUGCCAACUGUUAAAAUGGAUUAAUGUCCAACAACCGUGGCGUUUCAUUUAAAUUAUCGUUGUAUCCAGUUAAAGCUGGAAAUAUAUAAUAAGCCUAUCAAAAGAAAAUAAACUUGAAUAUUGUGACAAACGAUGUAAAUAGUCACUGGGCGUAAAGGAUGUCCGGAUAAUUCAACAAUGAUGGGCUUAAGUGGUGUUUCCAAAUCAACUGUUCUCAAGGACUUGUUUGAUAUUUUCAAUGUUUAUUUUAACCCUAAAGACAUGAGAACAGAAAUAUAUAGUUUUUGAUUUUAAAGCUUGUCCUAUAUAAUUUCAAUUCUGCCGGAAAUGAAUUGGCAUUUAUUUUAUUCAUUCAAUUUUCUCGAUUAAGACAUUUUGGAAUAAGAGAAAUUGAAAUGGAAUUGAAAUGGGAUUUAAUUCCACAUCAAGUCCACAAGCCAAAUAACUACACGCUGUUAUAAAAUCUCAUAACUUGCUUUCGAAAACAAAUAAAUUCCAUAUUUUGCUAUACUUUGCUCAAAUGCUAGACUUUCCAUUACAUUCUUUGUGACGUUCUUGGUAAAGUUUUCCCAUGGAAGUGUUCCUCAGUGUGUAUGUGUGUGAUAACCUCAUAUUUUAGCAAUUUCAUUAACUAAAUGUUUGCUAUUUAAAAAGUGU